AUGGCGCCAUUAUCCGAAGAGUCCAGGAGGGCGGUACAGAGGCUACGAGAAUACAAAGGGCCACCGACAGCAUGGGCUUCGAUGCCACUAUCAAGGAAGGCGGCAGUACUGAUCCUCCUCUUCGCAGACCCCAAAGGUGAUCUGCGAGUAGUCAUAACCAUGAGAGCUGCCACACUUUCGUCUUACUCAGGGCAAGCAGCUUUACCAGGAGGAAAGGCAGAGGAGGGCGAAGAGGCCUUUCACACAGCACGACGAGAAGCCGCCGAGGAGAUAGGCCUGGCACCCCUCGGAACAGAACUUCCGGCACCGUUUCGCAUUGAGCAUCUGUGCGAGAUGCCGACGAAUUUGGCAAAGACUGAGCUAGUGGUGCGUCCGUGCGUCGCCUUUGUCCAUUCUCACGAUCCGGAAUCUGGUCUCGAUGCUAGUGUGGCAGACAAACUUCUACCAGUCUUGGAUGCUCGAGAAGUUGCGGCAGUCUUCUCGGCUCCCUUCAAGAAUUUUCUGUACAGUGAAGAUCUUCCGAGCCAAGACAAUCUCCCAGGCAGGCCGAAGCAGUGGUACAAAGGCAUGUGGACAGACUGGCACCAGAGCCGCUGGCGUAUGCACAAUUUCUUUGUCCCGGUCACCAAUCAAAUUGUUGCUAAGCCCAAGAAGACCGAAGGGCAAAAGCAAGCAGCAGAUCACCUGGAGUCCUUGGAAAGAUACCGAGUCUUUGGGAUGACCGCCAGGAUUCUCGUCGAUGCUUCACGCUAUGCUUACGCCCAAGAACCUACUUUCGAGCACAACUCGCAUUUUGGUGACGAAGACAUGAUCGGUCGACUGCGGCGGAUUGGCCGGCUGGGCGAGUAUCGCAAAUCCGACGACGAGUUGACCAAAGAGGACCUUGCGAAAGCAGCAAGCCUGUAG